AUGAGCAUUCCGAACCACAGCGGGCACGUCUACGUCCCCUCCAGCAGUCAGGCUACAUGGGGAGCACCACCUACGGGUCCAGUCGACACUCAGGCACCUUUUGCAGGUCCCUACCAUCCUAGUAUGCCGCCUCAUUUUGUCGUACCGGGAACCGGAGCCGUGCCCAUAAUGAGCAACGAUGGGUCUUCGCCGACUUUUGCUCCUCAGCAUGGCUUUGAGAUGAAUGGAACCCGACCGACACCGCCCGCCUCCACCUCAGGCCCUUACAACGCCCCCGCUGGCCCCUCAAUUUCUCUCCUUUCUCAAGCGCUGCAAGCUAACCUAGCCAGGCAGCAAGCGCACCAUGAAGCAGCGCAGAGACACAGCCAGCAGUGGGGCGUGGAGCAACACGCUCAAGCAGCGCCUGCGGCAACACACCCUGGCGGCUUCCAAGAUCGUACACAUCACCAUCCACCAUCCGCCGAACUGGCUGGCGCUGACACGUCUGCCAGCAUGAUCUCUCCGUCUCCGUACGAACCCUCUGGUCCGCAGAAUCCUUCCACUCGCGCAUACAGAGAGCCUGAAGCUUUUGUGGACCCCUUUUCGCCCGAAGAACCUGGACCUCGACACGAGCAGUUCUACGGAGUUGUACCGCCCAAAAGCAAUGCAGCUCCACCCGGUGCUGCGCUGGCCAAUGAUCACAUGGGCCUUUCGACAGCAUCCAACCGUGGCAAGCCAAGCGCGCUCUAUGCUGCGUCUGGAGACAGCGCAGCCUAUCCGUCUGUAUCAGCACUUGAGGACGAGGAGGCAUCUAUAUUGAGACAGCGGGAGCGUCGAGGAAGUGCUGGAGCUGGCGAUGGUGAUGACGAAGAAGUAGAUCCCGAGUUGAUGGCUCGCAAGGAUCCCCUGGCUACACAGGUGUGGCGAAUGUACGCCAAGCAGAAGAAUGCAAUGCCGCACGGUGCUCGAAUGGAGAAUCUGACGUGGCGCAUGAUGGCAAUGACUUUGCGCAAAAAGAAGGAGCAGGAAAAGAUGGAGGCCGAGCAGGAGCGCAGUAGGCUGGCGGCUGCUGAAACUGGUGGCGCAGCGACGACGUCUGAUACUGCAAGCGCAAGCGCAAUUUCCGCUUCGCAGCCGACGUCGCCCUCGUCCGUCAGUCGCGCCUCGCUGGCAGACUCCUCUCGCCGUAGCAGUGGCUCGCAUCUGGAGCAACCAGAAGCAAUCUCGCACUCGGGCAUCCUCAAUUCUGGCUCCUUGCAUGGCCUCACUACCAUCGCAGGUCCGUCGGCGCCGAUUCACGGUCGAGGACUCGGCAAGGGCCGGGCGCGCUUCGUCGAAAUUGCCGAAGAGGAAGAGCGCGGCCGUCGCGGCCGAAGCUCGCGCACUCCUGAGAGCAGUGGCACCGCUGGCAGUGUCGGGAUCGUACAACACGAAGAUGAUCCCAUGGAUUGGCGUGCCAAGAGUAAAAGCAGGUCCAGAUCCAGGUCUGUCAGCGCAAUGGACUGGCGAGCUGCGAGUCGGUCACGCUCUCGGCCGCCUGCUGCGCAGCUGCUGAGCCGCAUUGACGAGCCGGAAGGAGCAGAUGCGAACACUCUCAGCCAGUCUGCUCCUAACAGCGGCGGAUUCUCCUUCUCGGACUUCGCCGGACUUGUCGCAGAUUCGCCAAACGGUUUUGCAGAAGUGCCCGAGCUGUUAGCGCUUGGGACAUUACCAGCGUCGAAUCCUUUGGCACACGCAGACUUUGCUUCGGAAACGAAGCUUGGGCCGGCAGCACAGGCAGUCAAAGAUUCGCAGCAAACGGCCACUUCCAGUGGUGGUCCCGGUCGCUCUGCAGCUGCUGCCCAAAAAGCAUCCAUGCAGCAAGCGUUCCGCAAGGCAGCUUUCAGCGACCUGUUUGCUGGCACAGGUCUGCCGGGUCAUGGACGUCGGUCUGGCACGGACGAGCGCAACGUGCCAUUCUUCGUCGGAGGUCGCAAGACUAGCUGGGAUAUGCACUCCAUUGGAGCCAACUCUGCUGGCGCGCCUCAGUCAAACAUUGGCAGCGUGCCAGGCAUUGCCGAUUUCAGCAGCCACCAAGCCAACCAUCACCCCGAGUACGGGUUCGUCCCUCGAUUGGUCCGGAAGACUAGCUUUGAUCACAAGGUGUCUGAACGAAGCAGAUCCCGCGCACCACAGCCUCAUCCAUCUCCCUACGAUGGCAUCGCAGCGUCAAAUGCUCGGAAACGUGCCUACGAGCCAUCUCCGGCUCGCCCACCUCCAAGCGCUCCUUACACGCAAGACCAGCGCGUCGCCGCUGGCCUGUCCCGACUGCUACCUUCUUUCGCUCAGUCAGAUGCGAUGUACCCCGGCGUUGUGCCUAUGUCCACAUUCGAUUUCUCCAUUCCCCCACCAGGGGACGGCAUGGGCCAUCAUCUCACGGUACCAGGCGGACCCGGCUCGCAACCCAGCAUGGGCGCUUUCGAUCCCCAUUCAGUGCCAGCAUCUGCUCUCCAGAGUCCAGAUUCAGCUGGGUUCCCAACUUCGUAUGGCCCCCAGGGGGCUGCGACUCUUAACAGCCCGAGCGACAGCUCCGCUCUUGCUGAAAGUCAUGGCGCUGCUGGUCAGCACAUGCCCACUCCGCAGAACGAUAUAGAAGCCAUCAUGAGCAUGUUCUACAAUUCUGACGCAACCCUCGCCGCUCAGCAACACCCCGGUAUCACACACAUCAACCCUAAUCAAGUCUUUGGUCAUGGCCCUGGUGGGUUCGAUCCUGCAGCUAUCACUGCAGCCCACAACAUGCUGAAUGGCCUCGCCUCUGGUGACGAAGGCUCGGUCACAUCGCCGUGGGCGUAUAGCCCGGCAAGCGCGCAGACGAAUUCCGAUCCAGCUUCCACUCCUCCUUUCCAAGGUCCACCCCAAAGCGGCUAUCACUCUAGCCCUCUGAGCGGCGCUCCACCUGGCAGAUCUCUCGAGCACAUCCCCUCCCGCUCAGGAAGCUCGGGCAAUCUUCAAGGCGCUGCCGGUCUGCACGGAAAGGCUGGCCAAAGCUCCAAGAACGGGUCAGGCUCCGACGCCACGAAGCCGACGAAUGGAACCAUUGGCGAGGGCGCGUUGGCCUCCACCUCAAAGUCCGACUCAACCAGUAUGGCAACUGCUGAUCCACCUACUGUUUGCUCCAACUGCUCCACCAUGAAGACGCCUCUGUGGCGUCGCGAUCCAGAUGGAAAUCCGCUAUGCAAUGCUUGCGGUUUGUUCCUCAAGCUGCAUGGUGUCGUCCGGCCGCUAUCCCUCAAGACGGAUACCAUCAAGAAACGCAACCGAGCAGGUGCAGCUAGCAAGGACAAGGCGAGGCUCGCAGCAAUCGAGGCGCGACAGCAAAUAGACUCGCCUAAGACUCAACCACCCCAUAUAGACCUCAGUAUCAGAAAUGCGCAUCGUAUUACCUAUCAUCGAUGGCCGCUCGUUGCGAGAGCUCGCCGUGCUGCUAAUGGCGGGAUUAUAAUCUAUGGGCCCGAGUACUCUCUCACUGCAUACCGGUAUGAGCCCGAGGGACACGUACACGAGAUGACUCAGCACGGCUACGCCAUGCUUUCCACCUUUGCCAGACGCGACAAGAAUGACGACGCACGCGGGAGCAGCGUGGCUGUCGUUUGCGUCUCGCUCACUAGCCAAGAUGCUCUUGCACGCGUGGACGGGAUGAGAGUCUGCCGACUAGAAACGGUCAAGAGUGGGAUCACGGCCUUUGGGUCAGAUCCCAGCGUUCGGGGAUACGCGCCUGACAAGCGCUUUUCACACGACAUCUUCUUAGCCACUCAAGCCGCCGAUCCUAUCAGGAGCGCCUUCCUUGUCCUGUCACUAAGAGCUCGGUAG